AAAAGGGGUUAUACAAAACUUCACUUCCUAUCAAAUUUAUCAACCAAUCCGCGUCAGAUUCCCCAUUUACACUCCAUCAUACAGGAUUUUACUACACAUCAUCCCAUUCCCAUUCCCAUUCCCAUUCCCAUUCCCAUAUAUAAAAACUAACUAAAUAUGUAUAUAUAACCCACAACCCAUUUAAUUUUUCCUCUCAUUUAUUAUCCCAUUAAUUUCCUCUGUUUAAUUGGUUGAGGAGUUUCUUCUUCUACAGUUAAGUCUCUAGGAGGGUUUUGGUGUUUUUCUCAUUUUUGGUAUUUACCCAUUUCCUUAAAAUCUGAUUUUUGAGGAAUACUCAAAUACCUAAAUGUCUCAAAAUGGGGGAGCUAGCACAAGUAGUGCAAUUUUUGAGAUUUUUGAUGAUGAUUUCUCAAGGUUUUCUGAGAAACCUACACCCAUAAAGACAGAAAGGAAGAAAUCCUUUGAUGAGAAGUCUUUUAGUGAAUUAUCAAUUACUAUGUCCCCUAGACCCUUUUACAGAAAUUCAGAGAAUUCGUCUCGGGUUUUCGAGCCUGUUGAUAGCAUAUAUUCAUCAGGAGGAAGGUCUGGUUUUGAUACCCCUAGGUCUGAAAAUGGGUUUGAGACUCAUCCUAUUGUAUCUGAGGCUUGGGAGGCUUUGAGGAGGUCUAUUGUUUACUUCAGGAAGGAACCAGUUGGUACUAUUGCUGCUUUAGACCAUUCUGAAGAAAAGCUCAAUUAUGAUCAGGUCUUUGUAAGAGAUUUUGUUCCGAGUGCGUUGGCCUUUUUAGUGAAUGGGGAACCAGAUAUAGUCAAGAACUUUCUCGUGAAAACAUUGCGCCUCCAGUCAUGGGAGAAGAAGGUUGAUCUAUUCAAGUUAGGGGAAGGUGUCAUGCCUGCUAGUUUUAAAGUACAUCAUGAUGCAGUUAGGAACACGGAGACAUUAGUUGCCGAUUUUGGUGAAGCUGCGAUUGGACGGGUAGCUCCUGUGGACUCCGGUUUCUGGUGGAUCAUUUUGUUACGUGCUUAUACUAAAGCGACUGGAGACUCGACACUGGCUGAUUUGCCCGAAUGCCAAAGGGGUAUCCGUCUUAUCUUAGGCAUUUGUCUUUCCGAGGGUUUUGAUACUUUCCCGACUCUUCUUUGUGCAGAUGGGUGCUGUAUGAUUGAUCGUAGAAUGGGUAUUUACGGGUAUCCCAUCGAAAUACAAGCUCUCUUCUUUAUGGCAUUAAGGUGCGCCUUGCAAUUGCUAAGGCCCGAAGGAGAAGGAAAAGAAUUUAUCCAAAGAAUAGUAGAGCGGCUUCAUGCCUUGAGCUAUCAUAUGAGGAACUACUUUUGGCUCGAUUUGAAGCAACUCAAUUGCAUUUAUAUGUUCAAAACCGAAGAGUAUUCCCACACCGCUGUCAACAAGUUCAAUGUGAUGCCUGAUUCACUCGAAGAUUGGGUAUUCGACUUCAUGCCAAAGAAGGGGGGUUACUUCAUUGGCAAUGUUAGCCCAGCACGGAUGGAUUUUCGAUGGUUCUGCCUUGGGAACUGUGUUGCGAUCUUGUCUUCUAUGGCAACCCCAGAGCAAGCCUCCGCGAUUAUGGACCUUAUUGAAGCUCGUUGGGAUGAAUUAGUCGGUGAAAUGCCUCUUAAGAUUAGCUAUCCGGCCCUGGAAGGUCAUGAAUGGCAGAUAAUUACUGGGUAUGAUCCGAAAAAUACUCGAUGGAGUUACCACAAUGGUGGUUCUUGGCCAGUUUUACUGUGGCUCCUCACAGCAGCCUGUAUAAAGAGUGGAAGACCACAAAUUGCGAAAAAAGCAAUCGAGCUCACAGAAACUCGAUUGUUAAAAGACGGCUGGCCAGAAUAUUAUGACGGAAAAGCUGGUCGUUACAUAGGAAAGCAAGCGCGAAAAAACCAAACAUGGUCGAUCGCAGGAUACUUAGUUGCAAAGAUGAUGUUGGAGGAUCCUUCUCAUGUAGGGAUGGUCUCUCUUGAAGAAGAUAAACAUAUGUGUCCUCAAAUUAAAAGAUCUGCAUCUUGGAAUUGUUAACGAACAUGCAUUUAUGUUUGCCAGUUUGCCAUUUUGUAAGAACAACGAGUGCAACAUUUUCAGUGAUUUUUUUUAGCUACUUUUGUGAGAGACUAUUUUUCGGUGAAAUGAUUCAAAAACAAGGAGUCUAUAUGUUAAUAAUUAUUUUAGCUGAGUUAUUCAACUCAUGUAUGCGGAAUGUGUCACGGUGAGACUAUUUCACGCAAGAAUUUGUGAUCUUCUUUUGUGAUUAUAUGUUAGAUGAAGUUGGAUUUUGGAUUGUAUACUCCAACAUCUUGAACUCUAGAUUGGAAAUUGGAGUUUUUUUUGGGUACAAAGGUUGAAAGUUUGGACAAACAAUUGAUAUCGAAUAAUAAUUUAACUAAAUAAAAG